AUGGAAGAAAAUUCUAAUGGCAAUAGAGAGCAUCAAGAUUCGGGCGAAGAGUCCAACAGAGCUAUUCUUCCUCUUCUCCAAGCACCUGGGAACCAGCAACCGCACCGGAUCACCAACUUUUAUAUUGAUAAUAUUUUACGACCAGACUUUGGACGGAGGAAAGAUGGGACUUUUAAUUAUGAUGAGAAUCACCUCAAUGGACGAGAGAAUAGUCCUGGCCUUCUCCCAAAAUCUGGGCAGUUCGGUGGGACGGUGUCAGGGGAAGGAACAUCGAAUUCUCGUUCAGUCAGUGAGCCAAAAAAAGCAGAUAUUGUUGCAGAUACGCUUCUCAAGCCCGGAGAAGAAAUUGGAGAUCAGUGCCUGAGCUCCGACUCGGAAAGUUCUCAUGCCAAUUCUGCACCUUCGUCGAAACCUAUGCUCUGGCCAGCCUGGGUGUAUUGUACAAGAUAUUCGGACCGACCAUCAUCAGGGCCAAGAUCUCGAAAACCAAAGAAGUCGACCACGACAACGACACCAAGCAAGGAUGACAAGCGUCCAAGAACGGCCUUCACAGCAGAACAGCUCCAGAGACUAAAAACGGAGUUUCAGACUAAUCGGUACCUGACCGAACAGAGAAGACAAAGUCUGGCACAAGAACUCGGCCUCAACGAAUCUCAAAUUAAAAUCUGGUUUCAAAACAAGAGGGCCAAAAUAAAGAAGGCUACUGGAAAUAAAAACUCGUUAGCCUUGCACCUGAUGGCACAAGGACUAUACAAUCAUGCCACAUCAUCUAAGGAUGAAAAAUCAGACAGCGAUUGAAGAAAAAUAAACAAUGCAAUAAAUAACUUUAAAGGGCCAGUGUACAUAAUACCAGCAGAUAUUUAAACAUGAAUGAGACAGGAUUUUGCAAUUUUCUGUAGCCUAUAUACAGUAUAUAGGGACUAAACCAUUUUGUGUUGUAACACUUGCCAUGUACUCCAUGAAACUUUAGAAUGCUUCAUCAUCAUUAAAGUUUGUUGGGUUUUUGUUGGGUUUUUAGCAAGUUGUUCUUUUUUUUUGUUGGUAGGCGUACUUGACUUUGUGGACACGUUUAACGAAAUAAUGAAUACAGGCUGAAGUCCAAAGAUUUUUUCUGCUGCAUUUUGCAAACUGUGAAUUUAAAUUGUGUUUAUCUAUGAUUUUA